UUUUGCUUCGAUGCAUAAAGGUUUCAUUAAAAAUGUGUAUUUUCUGUGAUAGUACAUUUUGAUGUCUCAUGAUCUCCUCCACCCAGGUGUGGUGUUUCCCUAUCAGCACCCUCGUGGUCGUUACCAACUGAGUUUCAUGGAAGCUAAGCAGGCCUGCGAGGAGCAGGAUUCCACACUGGCCACUCCCGAACAGCUCAUCCAGGCUUGGAAAGAGGGUCUGGACUGUUGCAAUGCAGGCUGGCUGGCUGAUGGGACAGUCCGGUUCCCCAUCAACCAACCCAGAGUGACCUGUGGGGGGCCCAACCUUCUGCCAGGAGUCCGGAGCUAUGGUAGUAAAGACAAGAAACGUCUCUAUGAUGGCUUCUGCUUCUCCUCUGCACUCAAAGGGAAAGUCUACUCUUUUCAGCCCAAAGGAAAGAUGAACCAGACUGAGGCUCAGCAGGCUUGUCAGAGCGAUGGUGCGCAGAUCGCCACAGUUGGACAGCUCUACGCUGCCUGGUGGCUCGCAGGUUUGAACGGCUGCAAAGCUGGCUGGCUGGCUGAUGGAAGUGUUCGGCGUCUCAUCACUUUGCCCAGCAGAAAGUGUGGUUCCUCUAAGCCGGGGAUUCGCAGCCUUGGCUUCCCACCCCCUGAGCGCAAGUAUGGAGUCUACUGCUACAAGUUAGAUGAUUAA